UUAUGCCACAAAAUUGUUCAAUUUCUGUGAAACUGUCUGUGAGCCAAAGAAACUGCCUCAGCUACCUUAUAAGCUAGGCUAAAAAUUACAAACUAACGUUACAUAACUAAUAUCCCCUAGCUUAUACUGAAAACUUACAUACAUUUAUUUUGAUGACAGUUAGUAUUCAACAUAUCAAAAAGAGAUAAAAAGGCAAAUCCACUUAUAAUGGAGGAAAAAACUGUUAGCCCGACUCCUAAAGCUUGCGUGACUAGCUUAAGAAACUUCUGACUAGAUCAUUUGGAUUGUUAAACUACCUUAUAAAGAAAUAUUUAACUACAAAUUAAUGUAUUAUGUAGAAGGUAUAGUAGGAGCAGUUUGCUUUGUUAUGAUACUGUCUGCAACACAGCAGGCCAAGUGAAUAAGAACAGCCUUUACGCACGUUUACCAUUCGUUUAAAACUUUGUCAGAGUUUUGUAUGUCACCAGAGAACACCUAGCCCCAGACAGGGUGGGGAGCUUCAUGGUGGCCAGCAGGAGGCGCCAGCAGCCUGUCUGGCCGCUUUUAAACACACCAGUAAAACCUCUCACAACAAGGAAGUCACAUAUAACGGGAUGUGUCGGUCUGUCCGAGCAGCAUCCGAGCAGACAUGGCCUCUCUACAAUACCUAAACGCGUUCAUUUCUGAGCGGCUGACAGCGGCGGCUGUGGAGAUCUUCGGGGCGGUGGAGAAAACGCUGACAGAGUACCAGGGAGAGAUCAGACGGUCCAAGCAGGAGAUAGACCACCUGCGGACACUGGUGCUCUGGCCUGAAGUCAAAUUACACAGAUCAGUCUCACCCCUCAUUCAUUCAGCAGCUCAUCAGGUCAGCUCUCAUUGCUGUGAUAAGGAGGCUUGUCCUAAGUGCGAGGAGGAGCGGGCCCCAGAUGUGAGCCCCGAUCACCCGAGCACCCUGCAUAUUAAAGAGGAGCAUGACCAAAGGGCUGAGGAGCGAGGACCGUCCUGUAGGCAGCAGGGUGUCGCCACAGUGUCUCCUCAGGGUCACAAGGAGCCGCCCUCUCACCUCUACAGAAUAUUAACUGUUGAAAAGACAGCAAAUAUCAAAGAUGAGCCUGAUGGUGAUGAGUUCAUAAUCUCUCCAUCAACCAGGCAGGCUGAGAUGCCCUGUGGAGUAAAUCCAGAGUCUUCUGGACUUCAGCGACAGACCCUGUUAGAUCCGCUUGAGAUCACUCAACAUGAGCAGGAGGGGCCUGAUGAGCAGCAGUACACUAGACAAGACUGGAGAACCUGUCAGAACAACAAGGACCCCGACCCUCCUCAAAUCAAAGUGGAAAAAUUUACAUCAUUGAGUCCUCGGAAAGAGGCUGACCUCAACUACGAAUUCCCUCUUCAGUCAGAAAGGAGUGUUUAUGAUGAGCCUCAUUCUUCAAGCUCCAGCCACAAGCAGACUCUGACCAGCAAAACAUUUUACACAGCAGAGGAAAAGAGGAGAGAUGCUGAAGCAGUAGGCUGCCAACAGUCCAGGCUCACCAGAGUUUCUCAGCCCUUCUACUCUGUAAAUCAAAGUGAAUACGGCAAGAAUACAGAAUGUGUGGUGAAUGGACAGUGGAUGAAGGCACUGACACUAACGGGAACGAGGCAAAACUCAGACUUGUGUGGCGAAGAAAGGGAAAGUUUUGGGGUGGAGGAAGAUGUGAACAAUCUCACCAGGGAGAGAAGACACACUUGUCCCAUCUGUGCGAAACGUUUUAAAGAGUCAAGUCAUUUGAAGGACCAUGUGAGGAUCCACACAGGAGAGAAGCCGUACCAGUGUAAGGAAUGUGGCGUGAACUUCAGACAGAGUGGAGCUUUGACUUUGCACAUGAGAAUCCACACAGGGGAAAGACCAUACCAGUGCACCGACUGCGGCCGGCGCUUCAAUCGAAAAGGCGACAUGGAGACUCACAGGGUGACGCAUACUGGGGAAAGACCCCACCUGUGCGUGGUGUGCGGGAAAAGCUUCAAAAGGAAGAGCAACUUAAACACACAUCUGAAGAUCCACGCAGAGGACAAAGUGUAUUACACUCAAACGUUGUGAUUGUUUAAACACAGAUAAUGGAUUUUUGAUUUCCAUGAGCUGUAAGCCAUGAUCAUCAAGAUUAAAACAAAAAAAGGCCUGAAAUAUUUCACUUCAUGUGUAAUGAAUCUAGAAUAUAUAAAUGUUUCACUUUUUGACUGAAAUUAUGGGAAUAAAUUAUCUUUUCCAUAUUCUAGUUUUCUCAGAUGCACGUCUGAAAAAACAUGGACUGUCACAGAGACUAAAUUAGUGUGUUGACUGGAGUGUAUUUCUUAAUGCAUUUCUAAACAUUUCUAAACUAACAAAAAUUAGCAUUUGCAUCAUCAACAGCAAAGCAAAUUUGAGAUUUGUUUUUGUGCUUUCAACCUGAUGGAGAGAAACAUCAAAGAAACAUUGUAUGAGACAAUGUAAACAUUGGUUGUGCUAUUUAAUUUCCUCGCUUGAUCUAGACAUGCAAGUUGUGCAAGCUAGGCAAUACUCAUUAAAUUGUGUUUUGGGUGUAUUGACA